AUGGUAAAAAUGGGCUUACUGUCAGCUCUGCUACUCGUAACUCUGUUUGCCAUCUUCAGCACAUCAGAGGCCAGGCCUGACAAAAUUGAUCAAGAUUGCAUCGACCGAAAAUGUACUCGUGAACUCAACCCCAUUUGUGGCAGCGAUGGGAAUACAUAUUCCAAUAUGUGCACCUUCAACCUUGCGAAGAGAUGCGACAAUCCUAAGCUUACUAUUCGAUGCCAUGGAGAAUGCAGCCAGUCGUUGGGAGAUCCCGAUGCCUUGUUCAUUAACUUCCGACUUGAUGUAACGACGACCAAUCCACUGAUCCGGGAAUGGGCUCCUCGUUCACCUGAUCUCAUCUCCCACCAUAUGAUUUUUUCUUGUGGGGUUACAUCAAGUCGAAAGUCUAUAGAAACAUGGCCUUGGGAUCUCCCAACGCUUGAAGAACGCAUCAGAAACGCUUGUGCAUCGGUGAUCCCCCGUCAGGUGUUGAUUCAGAUCGCAAAGAUGGUGAAAACGGGAUUAUUAUCAACUGUGCUUCUCGUCACUCUUUUUGCCAUCAUCGGCACAUCAGAGGCCAGUCCUCGCAAACCUGAUCCAGAUUGUGGUAGCAUAUUUUGUCCAUUACACCACGACCCCGUUUGUGGUAGCGAUGGCAAGACGUACUCCAACGACUGCUUCUUAAGUAUCGCGCAGAGAUGCGAAAGUCGAAAUAUAAAGUUUCGAUGCCAAGGAGAGUGCAGCCAGUGUGAGUUACCUUUCAUUGUUCAGUGUUUAGCUUGGUCGUCAUUGAUUGACAAGAGGUCACUAUUACAAGAGGAAGAAAUAGCUUAA